AUGGAAGGUGUCGAAGUUUGGGACUCAGUCGGCCAGAAGCCGCAGCUGCAGCCACAGCUGGAAGCUCUACAGAAAUUCCUGAAACAUCAGAGAAACCAACUUGCUUCCAGAGACACAACUCGGGGAAGCAGAGCAGCCAAGGCCUUCCGAGCCGAGCUGGUGAAACAGGGCGUCCUCGAGGAGCCGAAGCCCGUGGACCCCAACUUCACCAGCGAGGUGCCAGGGGUGUGCUGGGACAAAGCGAGCAAAAAGUGGCAAGUGCUGCUCACCCCCAACAAGGCCACGAAGGGACCAAACAAGAGGAUUCAUGGCGGCUUCUUCACCGAGAAGGCCGCCGCCGAGUCCAAGGCCUUGGAGCUCGCGAAGCUCCACGGCUUGGAGCGCAAGGUGACGGCCGUGGGUCGCUUCUCGGAGCUGCCGAUCUUCGGGGCGAAGGUGCCCUACCCCGGGGUGACCUGGGAGCGGAGGAGUCAGAAGUGGCAUGCGCGGUGCCGAAGUUUCCGCGCAAAGCCAAAGGACCACAGCGAGGCCGAGCUCGAAGCGUCUCACAAGAAGGCCGUGGUUUGGAGGAAAAAGCAGGAGAAGGAGCGGGUGAAGGCGAAGAUAGCACAGAGGCUAGCUGCAGACACCAGCGGUCGAUUGCUCUCACGGAGCAACAGGCAGAACCAAAGUGCCUUGCACUUGGCGGUGAUCCUCGGUGCCAGCAACAGCCUGGGCGCCAGGCCUUUGGACUACGCCAAGCGCAGGAACGACGUGGAGGCGGUUCAGAGCAUCACUGCUGGUGAAGCACUGGUAGCAGAGCCGGCGGCUUCAAGAGCAGUGCGGCGUUCGGGCGCCGAGCUUCAGUCGCUGACAGCGGAGGAAGCCACGGAGGGCGAAAAGGGCAGUGCCUCGUGGAGCGAGGCCGACGAGCUGGCGGCUGGGCGGCAGGAUGUGGAAGAAGGCGAAGACAACGCACGGGGGCGUGACGGCAUCGGCCUCGCUGCGCCGGGGCUCAGCACCGAGUUAGUGGCCGCGGUGAUCGUGGCCGUGGCCUGCGGCGGCGUCUCGGCCAAGAGCCUCCGUCUUUGUUUGGUCCUCAUCGUCUACAUGCGCGGCCGCUCAGUACUUACUCGUGUCCUCAAUACGCGCGACCGAUUUGCGAACGUUGAACGUCCCAUGGGUGGCGAAGGGAGGAUGCAGGGUGCGGCGGCGACUGGGCCGCCGGGGAGCCAAGCCGGGGAGCCGGAUAACACGCCAGCCAAGCCCGAGGCGGUACGCCGCAAGGAGGAAGCGUUGCCGAACCGAACCCAGCGACGGAGACGGGCUGCCUGGGUCGUCGAUGUCCGGCAGAGGCAGUGGAGUAGGCCCCGAGGAGCGACCAAGCCAAAGCAAUGCCAGGGGCCCAGUGGGAUCGAGGAAAGCAAAGAAAGAUCUUUGCGGACUUUAGUCUUCAGCUUUGCGAUGCUGGGUGCCCUACCUCGCCGCCAUGGGCGCUGUGGUGCCCGUGGUGGAAUCUACUUACAUUGGAUCUUGGGCCACGUGGAAAUGCACUUUGUACCGACAACUGGCAACGCUUUCAUUGGGAUAGAGCCCGAAUUAGUGGCCUUGAAGCCAAGCUUGCUGCUGGCGAUACCACUCAGGCGUUUUGCUAUGCCACACCACUCACCGUCCGCCAUCCGCAGCGGCCCCCUCUGCAUGGUGGCGGUGCCACUUGAGCCAGGCAACUCGCUGAAGUCCUCUCCCGCCGUGGUGGUCCGGGCAGCCUGGGGGUCUGACGAAGGUCCAAACGGCGCCAUCCUCGCGUGGAGGACGGGUGAAAAGCAGGCGAAGAAGGGGAAGGUCAGUCAAGGUCCGCGUCAAGCUGCCAAGGCGCCGACCUUCGCCCUGUUCGGAGACCGGGCCCAGGCAGAGUCUCCGGCGCCGGCACCUGCGCAGAGGCCGGCGCGCAAGGUCAAGGCCAAGCCGGUCCACGGUCCACGUGUGCGGUCCGUUCCGCGGUCCACGGAGUCGGGCCGCGCGACCAAAGAACGAGAACUGGUCGACUUGGUCGAAUGA